GCCAAGCAGAACCGCAAGUUAUUGACCAAAAAACCAGUGUAGAGUGUGACAUAUGUGAACCUUGCAAAAUUUUACAUCAGGAUAUUGACCAACAAACAAGCACACCAAUUUGUGAUGUAUGUAAACCUUGCAAACUGGUCAAUCAACAAACCAGUGUAAAAUCAUGCGAGAUUUGUAAACCGUGUAAGGUUGCUCAACAACAAACUAGUGUAUCAUGUACUGUAUGCAAACCAUGCAAAAGUACUGUUUCGCAAUAUGAGGAUGCACUUAGUAGUCUGCCUGAUGAGGUAAUCGAAAAACCUAAAAAGAACCGGCGAGAAAAAGUGCAGAACUUUCAAAAUCAAAACAUAAACGCACAUUUAAAUUAUGUGAAAAAUAUAAAGAAAAUUCAGAACAAGUAAUACCCGAUAAAAAGGUGUCAAGCAAGGCUUGCGCGUGUGAUUUUGACAAGUUAUUGAGAAAUUCUGAAAUGGCAAAUGUGCCGUCAACACGAGCUCGCAAAGAUUCCACUUCUUCAUCCUCCAGACGUGAUAAGCAUGAAAAGGACGAGAAACGUGAUAAGCAUGAUAAAGAUGAAAAGCAUGAUAAGCAUGAUAAGAAUGAGAAGCGUGAUAAGCAAGAUAAAGAAGAGAAGCAUGAUAAGCAUGAUAAAGAAGAGAAAUAUGAUAAACAUGAUAAAAAUGAGAAGCAUGAUAAACUUGUAUGUGAUUGUGGGGGAAAAUGCAAGUGUAUUAAUUGCUUGUUCAAAAAAUCUCAACCUGCAGUUAACAAGGAAGGAUGGGUGUGUGAUUGCGAUGAUAUCUGCAAAUGCGAGCAAUGUGCUUUUAUACGGCCACAAGAUAAAAAGAAUAUGGUAUGCAGUUGUACAGGCAAAUGUGUUUGCCCCAAAUGCGAAUUUAAAAGAAACCAACAGGAAGAAGAUUAUAAAAGUGCAAAAAGCUCUGUGACUAUGGAAAAACCGAAAGGAGAUAAAUUAUCAAAACAUGAUGAUUCCAAACAUAAAUCAAGAGAUUCUUCUUCUUCUUCCCAUGAUCGUCGAAAAAGCCAUGAACGUGACGAUAAAGGAUCAUCAAAAGAUUAUCAUAGAGAUUCAAGCAGUAAAAGACCAAGUAGAUCAGGUUCCUCAGAACGACAAAACAGGAAAAGAGAUGAUGAUUUACCUUGUAAUGAAACCAAUUGUCCUGCGGAUAAGCGCAAAGUUGUUGAUGAUCGCAGUAAGCAUUCUGAACCCGCUGAAGCAAGUCGGCGUAGUAGCAAUAUUGUCGAUCAAUCUGAAUCCAGAGGACCUUCUGACAAAGGUGAUGACCACUCUUCAGAAGAAACCACAGAACCGAGCCAUCGAACUGAAUUAACUGUAGAAAGUGUCAAAAGUGCACAUGUGGAAAGUGUGGUUGAGAGUCAUCAUAGCAAACCUUCAGAAACCACCCACCAAGUAGAGGAUCAUAUAGAAGAAGCAUCAGCCGAGGUCAAUUUCCAAAAUGUACCUAGUCAAGUUUCAAGUCAUCACUCAAAAGCUGAUAUACCGUCUCCCGAACCAAGUUUUAAGAGUAUUGAAAAUAAAAGUUACCAUUCCGAGAAACCUGUUACUCCACAACCGGAAAAAGAAGACAAAAUCAGCGAAAAAGCUCCAAGCCAUCACACGCCGGAAAAGAUUCCAUCAGGCGAGCCUAGUCGCAGGAGCAGUCAUAGUCGUCAUACGAAACGUUCGGAAAUCAGUCAUCACUCGGAAAAAGUUGAAGUUGUUCAACAACCGGUAAAAGAAGAUGAACCUAGUACUAAAGCUCCGAGUUAUCAUUCUGAUGAAAAAAUUCCAUCACGCGAGCCCAGUCGCAAAAGCAGUCAUAGUCGCCAUACGAAACCUUCAGAAAUCAGUCAUCACUCGGAAAAAGUUGAGGUUGUACAACAACCGAUCAAAGAGGAUGAACCUAGACCUAAAACUCCGAGUUAUCAUUCUGUUGAAAAAAUUCCAUCUCGCGAACCUAGUCGUAGAAGCACCCAUAGUCGCCACUCGGAGAAAAUUGAAGUUGUUCAACAACCAAGUUAUCAUUCUGUUGAAACAACGGAGAUUCCCCAACAUGUUGUGGAAGAUAUUAAAGUCCCGAGUCAUCAUUCCGUUGAGAAAAUAUCAUUACACGAAGCAAGUUCACACAGUCUGGAGACAAAGCAACCUUCAGAAAUGAUUAGUCAUGUCAGCAGUAAACAUUCUGAAGAUGCAAUCAGCGAAAAGCAACCUUCAGAGGCUCCAGAAAGCAUUCACGCGGAUAUUCAAGAAGAAUUGGUUAGUCAUAAAUCUUCUGACCAUGAAGAGAAACCUAAGACUGUAUGUAAGGAUAUAUGUGCGCCAUGCAUAAAUCAACAAGUUAGUUCACCAAAGGAGGAGGAUACGGAACAAAUAGAACAAGUAGCUGAGGAACCUGAAGCUGUUCUUAUACAAUCAGAAAUUGAUGAAAAUGCCGAAAGUAUGCAUACCGAAGAAAUUGAAAGAAGUGAAAAUGAAAGCAUUUAUUCAGAUGAACCUGAAGAUGCACCUACUAAAGAACAAUCUAUUAUCGAAGUAGAAUCAGAACCCGAAGUUGAAACUGAACAAGAGGCAGAACCCGAAGAUAAACCUGAACCAGAACCCGAAGUAGAACCUGAACCAGAACUAGAAUCUGAAGUCGAACCCGUAGUAGAGCCCGAACCUGAACCUGAACAACCAGAAACACCCCCGGAACCAGAACCUGAAGAACUUAAAGAUAGUCGAACAUGUUUAGAUAAAUGUAAAGCCGUUUGCAAACCAUGUCCCCUCGGUACAGGUACCAAGCCAGCCCAAGACCAAGAAUCUCCACCAACAAACGAUGACAUCAAAGAACUCCAAAAAAUUAUACCGGAAAUAAAAUGUGGUUGUACAAAGAUAGAACCAGUGGCAGGUCCUGUACUUCAAAAGAAAGGAAGCCAAUUUGAAAGUACAGUAUCUGCUCUACAACUUGCACUGGACACAUUUGCACAAAAAUGCCAGACUAAAGAUUUAAUGAUACACGCACUGAAGAAGAAAUUAGAUGAUACUGUCGCACCAAUCGAUUACAAGAAUAAAUUUCAAGCACAAACAAGUUCACCGGAUUAUGAUCGCGUUACUCUUCAAGAAGCACUGUUGAAACCUUUGUGCCUAGAUGGAUUGGAAGCGUUUAAGAAACCUCCACUUUGCAUGUGCGGAACACCAGGCGCGUCUAAAGCUUGCGACUGUCAAAACGAUAAAACUCCGGUUGCAGUAACGGACAUUCGUCGUAUCGGCGUUAAUAGUAUUUUAGUUAAAUGGACUUGUCCUAUACGAGGAGAUCUUGUCGGCUUUGAAAUAUUUAUCAAUGGCGCGUUGAAGAGCAGAAUUUUUAGUCCUCGUCGUCGCACGGUUGUUAUUGACACUAUCGACUUGACAAUUGAUCUGGAAAUUAAACUAUUUGCGGUUGGACUUUCGGGAACUUAUCCACCGGCCGUUGCAUUUUACAGCCUUUAAUUCGGUGAUUUUUUUAUAACAACAUUUUUAUUUUUACAUCGAAUUAAAACCGUGAUUUAUACACAAA